AAGCAUGCCUGAACACCACCAACCCCACACGCUUCCCUCCAACACCCCUCGGAACCCCUCCUCUCCCCUCCACUGCACGCACACACGCACACACACUUCCCCAGAGCACACGUCAACACGUCGCCACCCGCUCCGCGGCCGCCGCCACCAUGAUGCAGAAUUACAUUUAUCUCCUCAACCCGUCGAUUCCCGAGCCGCUGUCCAUCAAGAUCAGCACUCCGAUCGAAUUCAACACCUUCCUCUCCAUGGCCCUCGCCGCCAUCAAGACCCAGAACCUCCCCUACCGCCCGAGCUACAUCCGCUUCUCCUACCACCAUCCGGUGACCGGGGAGCUGAUCCGCAUCACGGACACCGAUGGUCUCCAGGCGGCCAUUCAGGCAUGCAUCCAGUCUGGCGACCUGCUGCUGCUGGACACGGAGUUCGCCUCGCUGGCGCCCCCGCAGCCACCUGUCCAGGUUCCGGAACUCCUGGACUUCGACGAGGUCGCCUCCGCCGCGGCCGCCACUGACGAGGCUGAUGAGGCCGAGGCAGUCGCCGCCAUCGCGGCGGUCGAGGCUGCCGAAGCCGCCGAGGCCGCCGAGGCGGUGGAAGAUGCCCCCGAGCCCGCUGGUCAGACUCCUCGUGCGGACACGGGUGCCACCCCCCGCCACCCAGUCCUGCCCCUGGACUUUGACAUGGUGACCAGCGCCCUGGGCUUGAAUGAGGACGCCGCGCGCCUGGUGCGCGGGCUUCUCACCUCGUUGGACCUCCUCCCCCAGCAGCCGGUCCGGACGGGGGCUUCCCCUGCCACCGAGGCCCCUCCUGCCACCGAGGCCCCUCCUGCCACCGAGGCCCCUCCCGCCACCGAGGCCCCUCCUGCCACCGAGGCUCCUCCUGUCUCGCAGGACACCUCCCCCGAGCAUGUUGAGGAAGACCUCCAAGCAGCCGAGUUCCUCGACAAGCCGGCCGAUCCCUCUGAGGAUCUCGCCUCCUCGCCCUGCCUUGUGGAGUCCUACUCGGACGAUAGCUCGGACUCGGAGUCCGACCUGGAACUCGACGGGGGGGGCGACAGCGAGGCCGACGUCGCCAGCGAGUCGUCGGCCCCUCUCCCUGCCGACUGCAAUGUCUUCGAUGAGCAUUACCAGCCGAACGACUUCCAGGCGCUGAUGAGCAAUGUCUAUGGUCAGGUUAAGUGCCUGCAGCGCGGCCUCUUCCACGCCAUCUCGGAGUACGCGCGCGCUGCUGCCGACAAUGCGGGCACCGGGGCGCCGGUCGCCGCUGGCGGCCCCCAUAACCGCCGGAAGUAUGGCCGCUAUCCCAUCCGCAUGUUCCCCCACAUGCGGGUCGCCGAUGAGGAGGGCCACCCGAUUGGCGGUUGGGGACGCCCCCGCGGCGGCCGCUGCGGUGUGUCGACCGAGCGUGCUGGCAGCCGCCAUUGCCCCUUUGGUCCCCACUCCCAUCCUCACCAGCAGGAGCAGCAGAAUGGCGGCGCAGAGUCCCCGAAGCGCGGGGAGUUCGGCCAUCAUCACCCUGGUCGCCGGGCUAUGCCCCGCCGUCAGAUGAUGCUCAGUGUGCUGUCGGAACUUGAUGACCUAAGCCAGCGCCUGGCCGCCCUGGAGGCCUCGGUGCAGCGCAUCUCCGACAAGGUCUUCCCCGGGGACGACACCGUCGCUGCUGCCGCUCCUGCUGCCGCUCCUGCUGCCGCUCCUGCUGUCAUUCCUGCUGCCACUGCUGGUCCCAAUCUUGUCGCGCCGCCGGCCGGUGCGGCUCCCCCGGCUCAAGAGGAGUGCCCGGCUGUUUUGACUCCGGCCCCGGGGGUCUCCAAGCUGCAUCGGAUCUUUUCCGUUAGCCCGCUGCCCCGCAAGGGUUCCUUUUCCCAGUCGGGCGUGUCGCCCUUCUCGCCGGUGACCAUUGGCACCCCUAUGCCUGUGAGCCCGGCCCCCUCCCAGCUCCCGAGUGUUGUCCAGCCCUCCACCCUCAGCACCGCCGGCACUGCCGCCGAUACCACUGCCUCCACGGGCCCCACCGCCACCACCACCAUCACCAUGGAUCCCGACUCGGGCGUCACGAUUCACAGCCAGCUGUCUCGGCUCCACGGCUUCUCCUCCGGCCGCCAGGUGAAUGACAUCAGCUCCUUCCACUUCAAGGUUCACCUGGCUCUUUUCGACCUGCCCCGGGAGGGCCCCCUCCUCGCGCCCCGGACUCCCCCCAAGUUCAAGGUAGUCGCUCGUGGGCCGCAUGCCUCCAACGUCACGACCAACCGCGACGUGUAUGCCUCCACCAGUGAGGUUACCUUCCACAUUCUGGUGGACGGCCGCCUCCGGGACUUCAACAUCCCCCUGGAUGUCAUCUGCACGGUCACCAACAACGUGCUGGCCACCUUCAAUGUGACCGAUGAGACCUACCCUGAGCUGAACCAGUCCCAGCGCUGCUACCUGCCUCCGAGCGAGCUCAAGCGCCUGAAUGACAACUUCCCCAAGCGGUCGCUCAAUCGCGCCAUCGCCGCCUACCACCAUUCUCUCGUGCCCCGCCUUGCGAAUGGUGGUCGUCCGGUUUUCGGCCGUGCUUCCCGUGGUGAUGUUCACUUCUAAGACGGUCUCUCCUCUCUGUGGAUGAACGCCGCGCACCACUGCGUGAGUGCGCCCGCGGAUGUUGAUUGCAAAAAGUAAAAAGCCAUAAAUACAUUCCCCCCCCUCCCCCCCUCUCCCCCCACCGCCUGCUGAAGAAAAUGAACAAACCCAAUGAUCUCUCCUCUCUCACCGGGCUUUUUCCCCCUUCCCGUUGGAGGAAAUGGCCCUUCAAGUUGUGGAUGGCUGUGCAUGGUAUGCUGCGGCUCGGUCGGUCCUGGGAGCCCUCCCACCGCGUACUUUGGGGCCCAGGCUGCAGGCAUGCUCCUCUUCCUUUUUGUUGAUCCCCCCCCCCCGUCCCACC